GCUCCAUUCAUUUCACCACCCACUCCUUCUAAAAAUCAUAAGACAUUUUUUUUCUUUUUCACAGCCAAAAUGAAGACGACAUUCACCGCACUCCUCGCCCUCGUGGCCGUGGCCCAGGGCGCCAAGCAGGCAAAACAAGAGGACGGCAAAGGGAGCCAAGGAGCGCAGAUCGUAGGGGUCAGCAACAACGCGGCGGCCAAGAACGGCACGGCGAGCAGCGGCAACGGGAAGCAGGCACAGGCGGGCCCCAGCGCGGACGCGUGCGCGGCGGGGGCGAUCCUGGCCAUGGGCAUCAACACCAACAUUGCGGACCAGCAGAUGGAGCUGCAGGCCGUGGGCAACGUGCAAAAGGCGCUGCAGGCCAACGACGCCAACGCGUUCGCGCAGGCCAAGGCCACGCUGCUGCAGUUUGUGCAGAACGGCAUCGCCAUCCGCCAGGCGAACCAGCAGAUCGCCCCGGCGGGCAACCCGGCCAUCGCCGGGCUCGACGUUGUCGCCAACGCCCAGCUGACCGAGCUCGGCUUGGCGAACAACCUCACUGGCAACGCCGCCACCGACAAUGCCAUUCUUCAGGAGCUGACCAAGGACUUUACUGGCGGUAUUGAGCAGAACAAGAAGAAUGCGGCUGCUGCUACACAAGGUUGCCCCGGUGGUGCCGGUGCCGGUGCCGGUGCCGCAAAUGGUGCUGCCAAGGCCGGCGACGCCAAGGCCGGUGCCGACAAGGGCAAGGACGCCAAGGCUGGAGCGGACAAGAACAAGGGCGCCGCCGAUGACAAGAACAAGGGCGCCGCCGAUGACAAGAACAAGGGCGCCGCCGAUGACAAGAACAAGGGCGCUGCCGACGACAAGAACAAGGGCGCUGCAAAGGCCGGCGAUGCAGCCAAGGCCGGUGAUGCCGCCAAGGCUGGUGGUGCAGCAAAGGCUGGUGACGCCGCCAAGGCCGGUGAUGCCGCCAAGGGCCAGGCCAAGAUUGUGCAAAAGUCUGUCAACACCGAGGAGGAUGACGAGGAGGAGGAGGAGGAGUCCGCACCCCCUGUCCGCCGCCGUCGCUUUGUCCAGUGGUAGACGUUUCUUGUCUUGUACAGGCAUGAUCCUCUUAUUGUUUCGGUCGAAGCACCCCCCCUUCUCUUCUGUCAUUUAUAUACAUUUUUUUACUUUGGAUGAAAGCAACUCAUGGCUGAGUCGGACUGUUGUUGUUAUGGC